AACCAGAGAGAGAUAAAAAAAAUCAAAUGUAGAAAACUGGAGCCCAAGAAAAAAGCGGAAAAUACCAACAAUGUCCCCACUCUCACUCCCAAACAAACAACUAAACAAACGAGAAAUGGAUUGGAUGGGAUUUCUUAUCCGUAACCCAUCUCUCUCUCCUACACACUCUGCUCUCCAGAACACUCGUCAGAGCCCGCCAAUGGAAGCUCAGCCACUUCUCUAACCAAACACCAAACUCCAUGGACGCUCUCUUCGUGAACCAGUGCUCCAUCUCCGGCUUGAAGCUCGCCCCAAAGCUCACAACCACCCCUUUCCCUUCCCAAUCUCUUCACCGCCUCAAACCCACCUCCAAGCCCAACCUCACAUCCACCUCCGUUAUCCAGAACCAGCAAAGCCAAUCCCUCGAAACCCAGAAACCAUUUCCGUUCUCAGACGACAAUGAAGACAAACCAGACGACGAGUCGUACGGCGAGGUCGACAGGAUCAUCGGAAGCAGAGCACUGGAGGGCGGCAAGGGCAUGGAGUAUUUGAUUUCGUGGAAAGACGGUCAUGCCCCUUCGUGGGUCCCAUCGGAUUUCAUAGCCAAAGACGUGGUGGCGGAAUACGAGAGCCCAUGGUGGACCGCCGCCAAGAAAGCCGACGAGUCUGCGCUGAGCCAGCUCAUAGCCGCGGAGGACGACUGGCGCGACGUCGACGCCGUGGACGGAGACGGCCGCACGGCUCUCAUAUUCGUCUCGGGUCUCGGGUCAGAGCAGUGCGUUCGGGUCUUGGCCGAAGCCGGAGCCGACUUGAACCACCACGAUAACGGCGGGGGACUGACGGCGUUGCAUAUGGCGGCAGGGUACGUCCGGCCAGGUGUCGUGAAGUUAUUGGUGGAGUUGGGUGCGGAUCCCGAGGUGGAGGAUGACAGGGGACGGAAGCCGUUGGAUUUGGCUAAGGAAGUACUUAAAACGACGCCGCAGGGGAACCCGAUGCAUUUCGCGAGAAGGUUGGGGCUGGAGAGUGUGAUUAAGGAGCUUGAAGGGGCAAUAUUCGAGUACGCCGAGGUGCAGGAGUUGCUGGAGAAGAGAGGGAAGGGGGAUCGCGUGGAGUAUUUGGUCAAAUGGAAGGACGGUGGAGAUAACGAGUGGGUCAACGCGAAGUUGAUAGAUGACGAUCUGGUGCGGGAUUUCGAGGCUGGGCUCGAGUACGCCGUGGCGGAGGGUGUGGUGGGGAAGAGAGUUGGGGAUGAAGGGACGAUGGAGUACUUGGUGAAAUGGACGGAUAUAGAUGAGGCCACGUGGGAGCCGGAGGAGAAUGUUGAUCCUGAUUUGAUUAAGGAGUUUGAGGAGGCCCAGAAUGUGAGUGGGCCGGGGAGUGUGGAGGAAGCCCAAUUGAGAAAGUAGGAAAAGAAUUGGGCUUUGUUUGUUCUUGUGUAUUGAUUUCAAAUGCUCAUAUGGCAUAACUUGUUGAUCAAUAUAACAUGAAGGAAAAUUCAAAUGUCUUAGAAUCAUAUACAGACAUAUUAUA